AUGGAUGAGUGGAUCGAGAACGUUGUAGAAGUGGAAUCGAACAUCGGGUCGUAUCCGAAUCCAGGAACCACCGUGUUUCAAUACGGCACGUCGGGCAUUCGUUAUAAUUCUGAACACCUGGACCAUGUUCAACAUCGGAUGGGAAUGCUGGUGGCUCUGCGCUCAAUACAUUUGAAAUCGGCAGCAGUCGGGCUAAUGAUAACAGCCUCGCACAAUCCGCAAGAUGACAAUGGAAUCAAACUCAUCGACCCUCAAGGAGAAAUGUUGGACAGUUCGUGGGAAGUCUAUGCCACCGAAUUGGCUAACGCCCCUAAUAACGAGGAUGUAUGUGCUAUGCUCAUAAAUAUUGCUUCAAAGUAUAAUAUUGACAAAUCAUAUAUACCUCGUGUGUACAUCGGUCGUGAUACUAGAAAUUCUGGUAAAAGAUUGUUGGAAGCUGUACUUUGCGGUGUUAAAGCUUUUAAGAGUAAUGUUGAAGAUUUUGGCAUAAUAACAACACCAAUGUUACAUUUUUUUGUUAGAUGUUAUAACACCAAUUGCUCGUACGGUCAGCCAAAUGAACAUUCUUAUUAUACUAAAUUAACAAACAGUUUUAAAACUUUGCGUAAAAUGUGUUUAGAUUUGAAAAAUUACAACCCAAUAAUAGAAUUUGAUGGUGCUAAUGGGGUGGGUGCUUUAAAAAUGAAAGAUGCAAUCACAUAUUUAGAAGAAUCAUUGGUGAUUAAUAUGCAUAACGAUGACAUAUUGAAUACAGAAAAACUAAAUUACAAAUGUGGUGCAGACUUUGUGAAAUCAAACCAAUGUCCUCCUACCGGAAUGACUAUUAAGCCACACUCUAAAUAUGUGUCCGUGGAUGGAGAUGCGGAUAGAAUAGUUUAUUCUUUUAUUGAUGAAAACAACAAAUUUUAUUUAUUAGACGGUGAUCGAAUUGCUACACUUGUGGCUGGUUAUAUAAAAGAUUUAUUCAUUGAUUCCGGUCUUGAUGUCAAUGUAGGGUUGGUGCAAACCGCUUAUUCAAAUGGAAAUUCUACAAAAUAUGCAACUGAUAAGUUGAAAGUUCCUGUUGCAUGUGUACCGACUGGUGUGAAAUAUCUUCAUCAUAAAGCCAACGACUAUGAUGUUGGAGUUUAUUUUGAAGCUAAUGGUCAUGGUACUAUAUUAUUCAAGGAUGCUAUACGUGAACUUAUUCGAAACCAAUCUGCUAUUGAAAAAGAUGAGGCAAUGUCACUGGCACUAAAGAAAUUGAUUUGCAUCAUGGAUAUGACUAAUGAAACCGUAGGCGAUGCUUAUUCCGAUAUGCUGAUUGUUGAGUCUGUACUUUGUGAACGAGGAUGGAGCAUUAGUGAUUGGUAUAAAACAUACUCUGAUUUGCCAAAUCGUUUGACAAAAGUUACUGUCAAGGACAGAAAUACAUUUGAGACUGGUGACGCUGAGAGAAUUUGUAUCAAACCAGAAGGCCUUCAAGGAAUAAUAGAUUCUAUUGUGUCAAAGUAUUCAAUGGGCAGAUCUUUUGUCAGACCUUCUGGUACAGAAGAUUUGGUGAGAAUUUAUGCUGAAGCAGACACUCAAUUCAACGCUGAUAAACUUGCUGUUGAAGUGGCCACCGCUGUUUACGAUAUAGCUGAUGGAGUUGGAAACAAACCAGAAUAA